AUCUUGCAGAAUAUAUACACGGCAAAGGCUUACUUUUUGGAAUUUAUUCAGAUGCCGGAAAUGAAACUUGUGGUGGUCUUCCUGGAUCACUUGACCACGAAGAAAUAGAUGCGAAAACAUUUGUAGAAUGGGGUGUUGACUAUUUAAAGUAUGAUAAUUGCUUCAGUCAAGGAAGACCUGAACAAGAACGUUAUCAAGCACUUAAGAAUGCAACUAAAGGCACUAAUAAGACUAUUUUUUAUUCCAUCUGUGAAUGGGGACAAAGUGAUCCUUGGUUAUGGGGACCUGAUGUCGGAAAUAGUUGGAGAACUUCUGUUGAUAUUAAUGGGUUAUGGACGUCGAUAUUAUCAAUAAUAGAUUCGCAAGUAAGGAUUACACAAUAUGGAGGGCCAGGAGGUUGGAAUGAUCCUGAUAUGCUUGCAGCCCCUUUAAUACUUGGAUGUGAUCUUAAUGACAUCAAUGAUGCAUCAAAAGCAUUAAUAUUAAAUAAAGAUAUAAUUUCUGUAAAUCAAGAUCCUCUUGGGCAAUCUAUAUGCCAGGUUUACUAUAAAACUCAUAAAAAAACUUCUUUUGAUAUUUGGACCGGACCUCUUAUUGAUGGAUAUGUUGCAAUUUUAUUUAAUCGUGGAAUAGACCCAAUAAAUAUUACAUUGAAUUUUCAUAAACAUUGCUAUCUUACAGGUGAAAUUAAGGUUAGGGAUCUUGUAAACCAACAAUCUAAAGGAAACUUUACAAAUACUUAUACUGCAGUAAAUAUUCCAGAAAAUGGAGUAGAAUUUAUAAAACUUACUGGCAGAACCAAAACUAACUCUGCUAGACCAU